GAAAGCCCAAGUAAAGAAUCUCGCGGCGUGACGGCCCAACGACGACGACGCGGUAAAACGGGGAGGCAAACGCCAAGAGAAGGCUUCCUCCCAAAGCCUUCCAAGCCAGACACACGGCCGCCGCAGCCGAGAUGGCCGCCGGAGAUGCCACCCACGCGCCGCCGGCCGCGGAGGCGCAGUCUCUGGUGGAUUCGUUCUGCGCAGUCACCUCGGCGACCCCCGACGAGGCGACCUUCUUCCUCGAGGGCCACAACUGGGCCCUCGAGGCCGCCGUUCGCUCCUUCUACGACAGCACGCCGAUGGCCCCGAUCCCGCACCCCAGCCCGUGCUCGCCUCCGUGCUCCUCACCACACGCCACGACAUCAUCGACGACCUCCUCCAUACCGGCGAGCUUGCGCUAUGUUCAGUUGUGCUCAUGUCCGGGCUCAUCAUAAUCCUGAGCAGCGCUGCCAAGAUUUCUCACCAGGCGGCAGGCGCAGGCCCUCACUGGCCAGACCACCAAGUGGUACGCCUGCUGCACCAUCGAGCCGGUCCCGGACGACGAGAUAGAUCCUGGAUCCAACCAGUACUCCAGGCUGGAAGAGUACCCUGAGGACGAGAGCGACUGCGAGUCCAGCGUGGACACCGGCGACGAGGACAUGGAGAACACCAAGUUCCUCCAGCCUCACACGCACGUGAUCUCCUUCCAGAAGAGGCAGGCACUAGUGACGUACCUGGAGAACAACAAGGCCGACAUCACCGUGUUCGGGUUCACGCUGGACCGGUCGUACCUCCACACCAUAACAGUCGACUUCUCGUGAAGACGAGGGAAUGUGUGUAUGUAUAUCGUCCUUCCCAGCCAGGUGGUUCUAUUCCGUUCCAUGCUUUCUUUGCUGUUGCCCCGUUUGAUCCUUGUGAAAAACAGGGGGAGUGGGUGUGCGCGCGCGGGGGUGGCACGUGAGUGGUGUGCACUUGUACUAGCAGUGUGAUUUUGUGUGAUGGUUGUGUAAAUUAUUAUGGCUUGAUUGCUCGUGGAUGUAAGGUGUAUGUACAGGUUUAGAUGAGUGCGUGCGUGCGUGCGUGCCGAUUGGUCUUGCAGGUUUAUAAUAUCGGGUUGUAAGCCAACAUCAGUUGUAGAGUAAGUCUUACAAAAUGAAGUUUUACCUUUAUUUUUGUUCUA